ACCGAGAGCGCACGACUAAACCUUGACGGCUUCACUGACGGACGCCACGGGUCUGGUCAUCUGGUGGUUCGUUCUUCUUCUUCCGCCGAUUUCUUCACUCGGUUGUUUCUACUUUUCUCUUCUUGUCUUUUGGAUACUUGAACAUAUUAAAACGACACCGUAAGCACCAUGUUUGAUGAAAGCAAGUUCGAUGUCGAUCUCAAGCUGUGGGCUCUUAGAAUUCCCCGUGAACUCUGUAAAAGUGCAACUCGCAUUCUCAAUGGGUACAUGCUCAACAUGCCACGAAUUAAGCCCAUCACUGAAGAUCCUACCUGUGAGAAGACUCGUUUGGUGAUAUUGUCCGAAAACGUUAAAAGUGCUGAUCUGUCGGAGAUACCGGAGGAUAAACUUAACCAGAUUAAGAAACUAAGUGAAGUUGAAGUUGUUCCUCAUUCGGUCUCUCUUGGGUAUUCCUAUUGGAGUGCAGAUCACAUAUUGAAGCAGAUUCUGCCAGAUGGAGUGGAUAUACCUUCAUCUUUUGAAACAAUAGGUCAUAUUGCCCACUUAAAUCUACAUGAUGAGCUCCUUCCAUUCAAAGAUGUUAUUGCAAAGGUUAUCUAUGAUAAAAAUUAUCCAAGAAUCAAGACAAUUGUGAAUAAAGUUGGGACUAUCAGUAAUGAGUUUCGAGUUCCUAAGUUUGAAGUGCUAGCUGGGGAAAAUGACAUGGAAACAGAAGUGAAACAAUAUGGGGCAAGAUUUAAGCUGGACUAUGGCUUGGUAUAUUGGAAUUCUAGAUUGGAGCAUGAGCACAUGCGGCUUUCAUCUUUGUUUAAACCUGGAGAAACCGUGUGUGAUAUGUUUGCUGGUAUUGGGCCUUUUGCUAUUCCAGCUGCACAGAAAGGAUGCUUCGUUUAUGCAAAUGAUUUAAAUCCAGACAGUGUUCGGUACUUGAAGAUCAAUGCAAAGUUCAAUAAGGUUGAUGAUUUGAUUUGUGUGCACAAUAUGGAUGCUCGUAAAUUUUUCUCUCAGUUGAUGACGGUGUCAACUUGUGAGGGUAAUCUGCAAUCAGUGGCUGAUGAUAAAACAAAGGAAGCAGUCGUGAGUCAAGGAGUAGGUUUCUCUUCACUGUGCUAUACCAUAGCUGACACUAAUCUUGAAGAUAAAAAUGCUGGAAUUAGUGGAGAGGAGAUACAUGAAUUCAAUGCAAGCAUAAAUGAGGCUCGUGGGGCAAUCAAGAAGCCAUCUGGUAUUAUAGAGACAGAAAAUGGGGUAGGAAAAGACUGCAAAAGUAUAGAAGGACACGCAAAUAAGAGGUUGAGACAAACAUUGCUUCCAAUUGCAAAGCCAUGGGAACAUAUCGAUCAUGUAAUCAUGAACCUUCCAGCUUCUGCCUUGCAGUUUAUAGAUUCUUUUAGUAAUGUUAUUCAAAGGAGGUAUUGGAAAGGACCUCUUCCUUUAAUUCACUGCUAUUGCUUUAUUCGUGCAACCGAAACAACAGAGUCUAUAAUUGCAGAAGCUGAAACUGCUUUGAAGUUCCAUAUAGAAGAUCCAGUCUUCCACAAGGUCAGAGAUGUAGCUCCAAACAAGGCGAUGUUUUGUCUAAGCUUUAGACUACCUGAAGCAUGCUUGAAACAAGAAGAGUAAAAAGACAUUUUUAGGGAAAAGAACAGAAUUUUGGUAUUUUUUUCGGUAUCUUAAUAUAUCAGGAAUCAGUAAUGAAUGAUGAGAUGACUCUUCUUGUGUCAAAAAGUGUUGUUAUAUGGUAGCAGUUUAAAUUCAUUUGCUACAAAUGAAUGAAUUGAAUUGUCAAAGAUUCAGGUUUGGUUUUAUACUGAGAGGUCCUUCCAUUGUUUUUACUAA